AUGUUUAAAAAACUAUUUUUUCUGCUUAAUCUUAUUAUUGGCACUAUAUCAGCAGAAGCUCCUAUCUGUCAUUUUGGAUAUUCUCCUUGUGAUCCUCCGACCAUACAUGGCAACUGUUUGGAAAGCCCAGGAGAGCAAUGCUAUGAAGAUGGUGCUAAGUUUGUUUUUUGCUGUAUUCGAUCUCCAGAUGAAACUUCUUCCAUCCCAACAAUUCCAACAACAAUAGCAACAACAACAGCUCCAACAUCGUCAGUCAAGCCAAAUAUGGAAUGCAAAGACUUAUUGCCAUGUUGUACAAAAGACUUGUGUCAUCUGAGCGCUAUGAUGGAAGUUUGUCCAGUCACAUGUAACGCUUGUACUCCAGAGACCAUUAAAGAAUCCGUGGGAUGUUCUGAUCGAAGAACAAACUGCUGGCAGAAGAGACACUUAUGUUUUCAUAAAACACAAAAGCAUUUUAUGAUGGAAAAUUGUUAUUUUACAUGUGGCUAUUGCAGUUUAUGCGAAGAUAAAUCACAAUGUUCUUCAUGGGUUAAAAAUAAUUUUUGUCACAAUCCCGCGCAUUCCGUUCAGCACAAAAGAGCAUUUUGCCCACAAAGCUGUGGCUAUUGUGGUGCUAGACAGCGACAUGCUACGCAACCUGUUGCAUGUACUGAUCAUAUGCAAAGUUGUCCGUCAUGGAUUACAAACGGUUUCUGCACAAGUUCAUUCUAUUCAUUACAAAUUCGGAAAAAAUAUUGCGCAAGAAGCUGUGGACUAUGUGAAGCAUGA